AGGGCCCUAGAGAGCAGUUACCAUUCAAGAUCUGUAUUUCAGCCUUCAUGCUCACUGUGGACGGAGGUCUCGGUUGAUACAUGCACACAGACGCACACACUCACAAACACACACACAUCCAUUGAGGAAACGUGGAAGUGCUGGUCAGUAAUUGUGCUCAGGAACAGAUAAACGGAUAACUUUUCACAAUUACAAGUAAAGAGUAGAGACAUGUCCUCGUGUGUGGUGAAGUCCAGGAGUAAAAACCCAUACACAGCGGUGCAGGUUGACCCAGACAGCAAUUACAUCACACCAGGGACAUUAGACCUGGAGCAGCUGUUCUGGACCGGCACUGGGGCCCAGUACGCGCAUGUCAACCAGGUCUGGCCCAGUGUCUACAUUGGGGAUGAGAAAACAGCUUUGGAGCGGCCUGGCCUCAGGGACCUGGGUAUUACACAUGUUCUGAAUGCUGCAGAGGGGAAGUGGAAUAAUGUACUGACUGGUGCUGAUUACUACAGUGACAUGGGCAUUCAAUAUUAUGGUGUGGAGGCUGAUGACAAACCCACCUUCAACAUUGCCCAGUACUUCCACCCUGCAACUCAGUUCAUCCAUGAGGCCCUCAGUCAACCACAGAACAAGGUGCUGGUGCACUGUGUGAUGGGUCGGAGCAGGUCAGCGACUCUGGUCUUGGCGUACCUGAUGAUGAAACACAGCUUGACUGUGGUGGAUGCUAUUGAGCAUGUGCGACAGCGCCGUUGUAUCCUGCCCAAUCAUGGCUUCCUAAAACAGCUCAGGGCCCUGGACAUCACACUGCAAGAGGAGAGGCUCAGACAAAAAAGAGAGAUCCAAGCCCUAUAGUGCACAACAGACAAGACAAUAAUCCAUCUCAGGUAUACAAAAAUGUUCCUUAUGUUUCUUAAACUGUAUCAAUAAACUCUAUUUUGUUUUUUCACAA